AUGAAACGACAAGCAGGCAUAGAGAAAAAUUCGAAUUCUGAUGAUUGGAAAAACUCGCCAGAAUCCAGUGAAAAAAGUAAUGUCACGAUAUUUCAACCACCACCGCUAUCGGUAUUACCGCCAGCAUACGGAACAAAUGAUAACGAUAUUAGUCACUUUUCCACUGAAAAUUAUCCUGAAGCCACAGAAGAUAUCGAGAUAAUACCACAAUCGUUAUGGUAUCGAACAGAAUUCGAGACAUCCCCACCACAUCCUCUCGGCAACCAUAACCCAAUAAAUCACUACUAUAAUAAUAAAAGUGAAGCGGCGAAAAAUUCACCGCCGUUUUAUCCGGUGUAUCCCGCCUUGGAGAAUAGUCCAAUUGAGGCGGUACGAGCUACCGUGUCGAUAAAUGAUGAUCGGACAUUAGAAUGCUUGACAUUUCGCUUUUGGGUGUUGAGCUUUUUGUUUACUGUGUUCGGGGCAGCGUUUACACAAUAUUACUAUUUUACAGAUACGCCCUAUCAGUACUCGGUGUUUGUUGUGCAAUUGGCGAGUUAUCCGUUGGGCAAAUUGAUGGCUAGAUUUUUGUCGAGAAGAAAAAUUCGACUUGGAAGUUGGUUUGAGUUCUCUAUGAAUCCUGGACCUUUCAAUAUGAAAGAACAUGCAUUAAUAGGGGUUGCUGCUGCUUCAGCAACUCUUCCCCCGUAUGCGAUAAGCUUGCUGGCAGUGCAACGAUUAUAUUUUGCUCAACAAUUCAGUCAUAUUGGAAGCUUACUUCUUCUAAUAUCAUCACAGUGUCUAGGGUAUGGUCUAGCCGGAAUAGCAUACCCAAUCCUUGUCGAAAUGCCCGCAAUGGUAUGGCCACCCAAUUUAGUAACUGUCGCAUUCUACAACUCGCUCCACGAGCAUAAACACAAUUUCAUACGGACGCUUUCAAGAAUGCAAUUCUUUUGGAUAGUUUUUGGUGCGAUUUUUCUUUGGGAACUAGUGCCGCAGUUCUUUGCGCCGAUACUUGUGAGCUUUACGGUUCUUUGUUAUUUCGGGCACAAAAAUCCAGAUUUAGUGAGGUUAGGAAGUGGUGAAAAAGGAUUAGGAAUGUUGACACUUACCUUUGAUUGGACAGAAGUGACGUGGACUACGCCAUUGUCUUCGCCUUGGUGGGCACAGUCGAAUCUCUAUUUGGGUACAGCUAUUUUCCUUUGGAUAAUAAUGCCAAUAGUCUAUUACUCAAAUUUCUGGUCAGCAAAAGCAUUUUCUAUCACAUCAACAAAAAUACAAGACAAUCAGGGCCAUCCAUAUAACACCAGUCGUAUUAUAAAUAUUAAUGGGUCAACAAUCAACAACGACGGAUACGAUGGAUACUCUCCGAUCCGAUUAAGUCCGUAUUUGGCACUUGCGUAUGGCUGUGGAUUUAUCGCAAUCACUUCAACGAUAACACAUGUUUGUCUUUGGCAUGGAAAAGACAUUCUCGAAAAGUUGAAAAGCACGAUAUUAGAAAUUCUUACUCGUGAUGAUAGAAUCGCGUUUGAUCCUACGACAUUGAGUGAUUAUGAUUCGGCUCCGUUCCCUACUUUCGAACAAGACCCGAGAAAGUUGGAAAGAGAUGCCUGUAUACAUGUUAAUAUGAUGCGUGCAUAUCCUAAAGUCCCUAUUAAAUGGUACACCGGGUUAUUUUUUGUGUCGCUAAUUAUGGCAUGUGCGUUUACUGUGUUAGAGCCGGUUGAGCUACCCAUGUGGGGAGUUUUUGCAUCUUUAGGAAUGGCAAUAAUUGGUAUUAUUCCAGUUGGUGUAAUUCAAGCAAUGACAAAUCAACAAAUAGGACUAAACAUUAUAUCGGAAGUAAUUGCAGGCUAUAUCUUUCCAGGACAACAGCUUGCCAACCUCACAUUUAAGGUAUACUCAUACUGGGGAAUGGCUCAAUGUCUAACAUUGCUUCAACAAUUUAAAUUUGGUCAAUACAUGAAAAUACCUCCAAGAAAAAUGUUCAUCGUGCAAAUAUACGGAACGUUACUCGCUCUAACAGUAAAUUACCUCGUAAUGAACUGGAUGAUGAACAGCCAUUUAGAAGAUAUCCUUCAAGACAAAAACGGAUUCUCAUCAAUGAUCCCAAAAAUCGUGCAAACCGCCUCGAUAAUCUGGGGUGCCGCCGGCCCACAACAUAUUUUCAGCCCCGAUAGCCUGUAUUUCCCGCUAGUUUGGUGCUGGUUUAUCGGAUUCCUAUUACCGAUUCCGUUCUGGUUUAUAUAUAAACGCUGGCCAAAUUCGAGAUUCCCAUGGAGAUUCGUGAAUAUUCCGUUAUUAUCUUACGGUGCGAAUAUAACGCUGCAGUUCAGGAAGGAUUACUUGUUGAUUGCUUUUGUAAUUGGGUUCUGCACUCAGUUUGUAUUGUAUCGAUAUCGUCAUGAUUGGUGGAGAAAAUAUAAUUAUGUUGGAAACGCGGCGUUGGAAAGCGGAGCGCAGAUUUGUGCGUUGGUUGUAUUUAUAUUUACUAAUGGAUUUUUUACGAAUGUACAAUUUCCCGAAUGGUAUGGUAACAAUCCACUCAACCAUGAACAAUGCGGUUAG